AUUGGAUCGGGCAACUUGCCAUAACUCUCAGGCAGCUGUAUUGGAGAAAAGAUGCCCGACUCGUGUGCAGCUUGGGGCUGUACAAACCGUCGCACAAUCCAAACCAGAUCUCGGGGGAUUACCUUCCAUAGGUUUCCGAAAGAGAAACAGUUGAGGAGGCAGUGGGAAGUAGCUUUAAGAAGGGAAGCUUUUUCAGCCAGUGAGUCCUCUGUGCUAUGCAGUGAGCACUUCAAGCCGGAGGACUUUGACAGGACAGGUCAGACUGUCAGGAUGAGAGAUGGAGCUAAACCAUCUGUCUUCAGUUUCCCGACUCAUCUCCAAAGACCAGUGGCAACCAGGACAACACAAGCCUCAAGGAAGGCUGAAGAGACCCUGUUAGUGGACUGUUCUCUACAUUUCCAAGAGUCUGUACCCCCUCUGCCUAAUGUUGAACACUCCUAUGCAUUGCCUGCAUCUCCUACUGGUCUAAAGGCCAGACUCUGUGAAGCCUUGGUUAGGGUGGAGAGUCUGGAGCGAGAGAUGAGGAAUGUGAAGGACCGAGAACGGAGGGCAAAGAACACAGUGCAUGACCUUCUAGAGAUCAGCUGAGCGAUUUAUUUGCCAGUCAUCAUUGGGGAAAGCCGUCAGAGUGUCCUUGAUCAGUCAGUUUGUCUGAGCUGAUAUUGAUUCAGAUGAUGUGUUUUUUCUCAGAGAGCACAUUCAGGAAACAGUUGACAACCAUCAUUUUUUGGUCUUGUAAUUAGUUGUGUCUGUCUUCCACAAACUAAGGCUGCACCACAUUGCCAGACUGAACACUCUUAAAUGACAGAGUGGCAACUCAAGAAAAAAAGCUGUGCAUAAAAAGUUUUGUUCCAAGGAUUUUAGCUCCCAUCCCCGUUUUGUUAAAGAAGAGUAUAACUUGUACAGGUGGGAUCGGCUCUAGCCCCCCGCGACCCUACAAAGGAUAAGCAAUUAUAGAUGAUUGAUGGAUGAUAUACCAUAUAGUCUAUUAUGCUAUUAUUAUUAGAUAUUAUUGUACUAUUCACUACUCACUAUUUUAUUUACUUUAUUAUUGACUAUUAUACUACUCUUUGUACUACGUAUACUAUUUGCUAUUAUCAAUCUAUUAUUAUUAUACUAUUGUAUUAUAUUAUACUAAUUUUAUUGUACUAUUCACUACUCACAAUUUUAUUUACUAUUUUCUUUUUUAUUGACUAUAUUCUACAAUUUCUUUUAUUGCUAUAAAAAUACAGAAAGCAGACUGACUGCCAGUGUCUCACUAUUUGAUUUGUAUUUGCUGAUUUUGAUUUUGAUGAUCAAUUAUUAGUACUUAAAGAUGCACUAUUUAUUUUUGUAUUUCAAAGAGAACAAGCUUUGUUCUUACCCGGAGCACAUGAAAAGCUAAAAUUAUGGGGUUGAAUACAGAAA